AUGCAGUCAACUGUCACCAAAAUAGUUAGGUAAUUGUUACUUUAUUACUAGUUUAGCCGAGAAUGUUUUUUAUACUUUAUUAUUACCUAAUCGUGUAUUAUCUCCACAGAAAGUGUUUAAAACCUUUUAUUUCUUUGAUCUAUGCACUUUUUGAUUAGUGUUGUAGAAUGGUCAGCGGGAAAACGGAGUGAAAAAGGGUUUUAAAAGGUUUUUGUUUAAAAGAACGACCUUGUAAAAAUUUUUUCAGUUUUUUGUUAAAUUUAAAAAGCAGAAAACAUAAAUUUUAAACCGAUUUUAGAUACGUUUUUUGUUCAAAUAGUUAUAAAAAGCAGGGUUUUUGGGUAUAGAGUAGAGUUUACGAUAAUAAAAAUUAUGUAAUUUUAACUAAACCAUGUUCUGAAAGCGCAUUCGAUUCUUUUUGUUUGAAAACGGAAUCAGAUGGCGAGUUUCAACCUUGUGUUUUAUGUUUUGCCCCAUAAUUUGAUGGAAUACAACUGCCUAUCCUUAAGUUAAAUAGCUAACACAACAAAAUAGAAAUGUUUUAAAUCUUUUUAUAAUUUUUCGAAACAUUUUUCGCUAUAUAAAGUUAGGUAAAUGGCUGGAAACAAUCAUUCCGCCCUUCAAAACAAAGGAAAAUUGGCAAAAACAUGAACAAAGCGAUCAUGUACUUAUUUCUAAAAUUACAUCAUGCCCUAUGAUAUCAUUGGAUCUGUUAACAUUUGUCAUCGUUUCGAGAGGGCGGGAGUUCGACAAAGUUUCGUUUGAUCGCAAAAAGAACGAUUAUACUUUUUUUGAGUUCAAAGACAUUUAUUUGGGUUCUCAGGCGUUAUUUUGGGUCUGUUUUUGACGUUUGGCCACGGGAGUGUUAUUUUUGUUGGGAAUGAUUUGGUCUCACGCCGAAUUACUCACAUUUGUUCGUGUCAUACUUCUCGUAGCAUGAUCUGUAGCACAGAGUUUUGUAGUAAAUGUCUAAAAGCUGUUUUCUAGCAAUUUAAAGUCAUUUAAAUGGUUUUCUAAUUUAUUAACACACUACGGGAUAAUGUGUUAAAGCGAAUUUAAAUUGAAUUAUUGUUGUUGUUUUAGUCGCAGCAUGUCGAUUGCCAAGGAGUUUGAUUACCUUGUGGUUGGUGGAGGUUCUGGUGGAAUCGCUUCGGCCAGAAGAGCUCGCGAGUUCAAUGUUUCCGUAGGAUUGGUCGAGUUCACUCGACUUGGAGGAACUUGUGUCAAUGUUGGAUGUGUGCCAAAGAAGGUCAUGUACAAUACCGCCGUUCACGCUGAAUUCAUCAGAGAUCACGCUGAUUAUGGCUUUGAUGUGACUGUUAACAAGUUCGAAUGGAGGUCAGUUUAUAUAUCAUGUUGAGAACACAAGGUAGUAUGAACAAUAUAGACGAUAUGUUGUUUUUUGUUGAUUUGGUGUUAAUUUUCCUUGUUUUAGCAAGAUCAAGCAAUCUCGUGAUGCCUACAUCCGACGACUCAACGGAAUCUACGAAACCAACCUUAAGAACGUGAGUUAUAUUGCUUUUACACGUUAUUUAUUGAAUUUCAAUCAUAUUUUCUUUUAUUUAGACGGGGGCUGAACUUUGUUACCUAAUUUUUUUCAGUCCGGAGUCGAACUGAUCCGUGGCCGUGCCAAACUCGCUGAAGACGGUACAGUCGAAGUUGAUGGAGUAAAAUACAAGGGAAAGCAUACUCUGAUCGCGGUUGGUGGCCAUCCCAGAAUCCCUCAGCUUCCUGGUGCCGAGUUGGGAACAGACAGCGAUGGAUUCUUUGAAUUCGAGGACCUUCCAAAGUAAGUGCUGUUACCUUUUGUUAGUUUGUGUUUAGGAAGUCAGUCGUCGUUGGUGCUGGAUACAUCGCCGUCGAGAUCGCUGGAGUAUUGGCUGCUUUGGGAUCUGAUGCUCAUCUCUUGAUCCGCUACGAUCACGUCCUCAGAACGUUCGAUCAGUCUUUGAGUGAGACAUUGACCGAAACCAUCGAAAAGGGUCCAUUGAAGCUUCAUAAGAGAACGCAGGUAAGUUUUUUUUGUUACUUUUCUUUAUCUAUCUAAUGCGUAAAGCUCCACUUUUUGGUUAUUAUGAUAUUCACACGAUUAUUUCAGGUGGAGAAGGUAGAGAAAGAAGCCGAUGGUACGUUGACUGUCCACACUACUACUGGAAAGAUUGAUGGAGUUACUAAGCUGAUCUGGGCCAUCGGAAGAGAUCCUUUGACCAAGGACUUGGGAUUAGACAAGGCUGGUGUUAACGUUGAUGAAGGAGGUCACAUCAAGGUCGACGAAUACCAGAACACUUCUCGUGCCAACAUCUAUUCCUUGGGAGAUGUAUGCGGCAAAUUCUUGCUUACACCAGGUAUACAAUUGUUUUAGCUUGAGUUUAUUCUAAAGGAAAAUAAGUUUGUUUUAAUGUGGAAUGUCCAACUAUCAGUCAUUUUAAAAUUAGUGCUUUUACAAAUUUAUGGUAUUUAAAAUUACUUUUCAGUUGCUAUUGCUGCUGGUCGUCGUCUCGCUCAUCGCUUGUUUAACGGUGAAACAGAAAACCGUUUGUCGUACGAGAACAUUCCGACCGUCGUCUUCUCUCAUCCACCACUCGGAACCACCGGAUUAACCGAGAAGGAAGCUAUCGACCGGUAUGGCAAGGACAACAUCACCAUCUACCGCUCCAAGUUCAACCCCAUGUACUACGCUGUCUGCAAACACAAGGAGCCAGCUCUGUUCAAGCUGAUCUGUGCUGGUCCAGAAGAGAAGGUGGUCGGUGUCCACAUCCUUGGUCAAGGUGCAGAUGAGAUUCUCCAAGGAUUUGGUGUCGCUGUCAAGAUGGGAGCCACCAAGAAGCAGUUCGACGAGUGUGUAGCCCUCCACCCAACUAGUGCUGAAGAGUUGGUCACUCUUCGUGGCGGCUCAAAACCCCAGUAA